AUGUCUUGGAAAGAAACUAUUACUCCCUCAGUACCAUCAACUUCAACAUCUCAUGUCACUCCGAAUAAUGAAACCAUAUCAUCAACACCGAUUCAUGCAAUAAACAUUCCACAUACAUUGUCUAGCGGUAACAUUAAUUCUUCAUUAGAAAAUUUAAAAAGAUCUGGUAUUCAGCGACACAUAGAAUCUAAUAUACUUAAACUUGAUAAAUCCACACCAAAACAACGUGAACUCGAAGAAAAACGAAUUACACUAAGAAUACAAAGGAUAGACAUUUUAAUAGUUUGUUUAACAUUCUAUACAGCUCUUGCAAUGCAAUGGCUUACAUUAUUAGGACUUUCAACAUCAUUUUCAAAUUUCUUAUAUGAAUUAUUUAUUAAAUCUUUUAAUAUUACACAAUGGAAUUUUAGAGAUAUUCAAACUAUUGGAAAAAUUUCAGGUGCUACAACAAGUUUACAAAUUAUUUUUUCUAUUAUAUCAACUUUUAUAAUGAUUUUAUAUAAAAUAUUUUAUAAUGCAAGAAAUAUACCUUUAAGUUUUAGAGGACCAAUUUAUUUUGGAGGAUUAUUUCAAUUCUUUAAUAUAUUUCGACCUAAAAUUAACGAACAUAAUUUAGCAGUUAAAAAAUUAGAUGGUAAAUUUCAUCAAUAUUUAGGUAUAUUAAGUCAAAGUUUAAUUAUAAUUACAGCAAUUAUAAUAGCAUGUGAUAAAUUAACAAAGAUUAAUAAUAUUACUGGUGAAGAUAUAAAUGAUUUAUUAUCAGGGUUAAUAGAUAAAUCAUCAUUAAUAUCAAGAGAUGUUAAUCAAACAUUUAUUCAAUCUCAACAAGAUGCGACAGAAGUAGCAUUAUCAGUUAAACAUGCUGCAAUAUUUACGAAAACUACUUUAAUGGUAUCUAUACUUGCUAUAAUUAUGACUUCACUUUUAAAUAUUAUAAAUUGGAUGAGAGAGAUUUGGCAAGCAAAUCAUGAUAAUAUUAUUAUUUAUGAAUUAUUUAAAUGGAUUACAAGAUUAAUUGUUUGUAAACCUUGUUGUUGCUGUGGUAACAAAUCUGAAGGUAGUGAUAUAUCUGAGGAAGAAUUUGAUAUGAAGAGAGCAAAACUUGAUGAUAAAAUUGCUCAAUAUAAUCGUACUAAUAUGAGAUAUAAUCAUUAA